GCAGCUGAGUGUUUCGCGACAGAUGGCGGUAGAUGUAGAGCUAGAGCUGCCACGUAGUCCGUGCCGCGGCGUAGACAGAGCGGCGAUAGACCCAGAGCCGCGACCAGCCCUAUUCCGCACUCUCAAUAACCGCGCUCAAUUGUAAACAUCCCUCAUGUCUACCCCAAUCAUAAUAAAUGACAACCCCAGCAUCCCCCACUACUCCAUCCAGUCCACAUUCAAGAAGUCUUCAUGCUCAUCCAAAAUUGUUGUCGUCGGCGACGGAGGCUGUGGUAAAACUUGUCUACUCGUGAGCUACACCCAACAGAAAUUCCCCGAGAUAUAUGUACCUACCAUCUUUGAAAACUACGUGGCCACCGUGCACUCGCCCUCCGGGCGCCCCAUCGAGUUGGCGCUCUGGGACACCGCCGGCCAAGAGGAAUAUGACCGGCUUCGGCCCCUCAGUUAUCACGACGUGGAUGUGCUUCUCAUCUGUUUCUCUCUCGACAACCUCACAUCGUUACAAAACGUUAAAGAUAUCUGGUUCCCUGAAGUCAACCAUUUCUGCCCUGGGAUCCCCAUUCUUCUUGUCGGCACUAAGGCAGAUUUGACCAACGGGUCCAUUGACCCUGAUCUUCCCAUCCAGUUGGCAUAUGAAAUCAACGCCAUCGGUUACAUCCAAUGCUCGGCCAAGUCGAUGUUCAACGUGGCUACCGUGUUCGACUUUGCCAUCGACCACUAUCUCACCAAGUACGAGGCAUGGGAAAAAGACCAGCAGCUGAAGAAACGGCUUAGUUUCUUGGGCCACUCCAGAGGAGCUUCACGCAGCUCUGCCGGAUCCAAGGGCCAUUUCAAAAACAGUUCUAUCGACCUGUCAGUGUUCCACAUGCCAUUGGCAGAAGAAGAGUCGCGGAAUCCGUACACAACCAACCCUUAUACUAGUACCCAGAGGUACGAUAAUACCGAGUUUGAGUAUGCGACGCGGGAGACGAAGAAGAGGCGGUGUACCAUUCUUUGAAUUGUCAGGUGAUGAUGUUCAUAGAUACCAGCAUAUACGCAUAUGACCCUAGAUACUAUCUCAUAGAACCCCAAAUACUAUCUCAUGUCUCAUAUAU